GUGUGCCACCCGGACCGCGAUCGAUCCUUGGGACGAUACGAUCCAGAAACGCGAUGGACGGAACCACCCUCCUGCCACGGGCCAGAUAACGCCAGGAGGAACCCUCGCCGAUCCACGAGACGCGAGCGAGCCAGGAUUAAUCGUGGUCCCCGAGUGAGCCUCCAGCCAACCGUCGUCGUCGAGCAACGUCCACCGACGUAAAUCGAAUCCAGACACGCGACAAAGAUUCCGUGGCGAGUCUGGUCGGAGCGGCGCCGGCGUCGCGGGAAAUCGCGCGCGACAGCAUCCCAAGCUCGGUCUCGCGGCUAAGACGCAAGGAUGUGAUCGAGGAUUACCGGUGGGCCGCGUUCCCCUCGGUAAGGGAUGUUCUCCUCCGCGGGCACCAGCUGCACCGACGCCGAGGAGGACGCCGAGGAUGUGGAGAACGACGUGGCAGGUAUCGCGCAGCCGUCUAACUACUUGCCGUCGGGUACCCGUGACAAGGCGCGCGAUCACCUGGAAGGACUGCGGUUAGAUGGGUCAUCGAUCGCGCGUCCACCAGCCGACGACACAUCCGCGAGCCCAUCGACGUCGUGGUCGGUGCCCCGAUAGAUCAGGACCACCGUCCACCCGCGUAUCGAGCUCGUGGUCCGAUCGCGAAUCGAACCAACCCUGGACCGCGGCUCUCUGUCUCGACCUGGAGCGCGUCGCAGCGAGUCGCAGCUGCGAGCUGGACGAGUUCGAACACCGCUGGUCCCGCGACCGACUCGACCUCGGGGAGCUGACGUCGUCGCGCUCAGCUGACGACAGACGCCUUCAACCCCGUCCCACUUUACGAUUACGAUCAGGGAGCCCCCCGUCGUUCCAGGGACCUAUCUGUACUUAUCUCGACCGGAAAGGAGCCGCGUCACGGUUCAUCCAACGUUUCAAGAGGUACAGGCUGCAGGCUUCCAAGACACUAGAGCGAACGGAGGAAAUUGAAGAAUUUUCCUGACCGGAGAGGAUUCCAGGACGGGCCACAGGGGACUUUGCCUCUUUUCGUCUGAAGAGUUGAAAAGUUUUCCCGAUCGCAGAGGACUCGUUUCGUCUGUUGGUCGUCACGCGAGAGGAUCAUCUGGACAAUCGGAGGACCGUGCCACGUUCGAACCGGUUCAACGCCGACGGGUGAUUCGAACGCUUCGCGAUGGUGAUCAACCCUCGAGUGAUGACAUUCAGUUAGUGUAGUGUGCGUCGUUGUGUUCGUCGCGUGCAGCCCAAAGAGAGAGAGAGCGAGAGAGAGAGAGAGAGAGAGAGGAAGAGAGUGUGCGUCGAUCGCGAGAGGAGCGGAUUGACAUGAGGCGUGGAAGACAGUCCGCGAUCGUCGUAGCCAGAGGCUGGCAGAGGUCCUGAUAGCCGCAGCGACCAGGAUCCGGGAUCAUCCAAGGGAGAAAGGAUGCCAGGGGGGCGCAGGGGCCUGGUCGCCCCGCAAAACACAUUCCUGGAGAACAUCAUACGACGGAGCAGCAGUCAACCUGACAGCAGUUUUCUCCUGGCGAACGCUCAGAUCGUCGACUUCCCUAUUGUCUAUUGCAACGAAAGCUUUUGCAAAAUCUCUGGCUAUAAUCGUGCCGAGGUUAUGCAAAAGUCCUGCCGCUGCGGAUUCAUGUACGGGGAGUUGACGGACAAAGAGACGAUCGCCAGGAUCGAGGAAUGCCUCGAGGGCCAGAUUCACGAUCAAUUCGAGAUCCUGCUGUACAAGAAGAACAGUGCCCCACGAGGUAUGUCUAGCACAGGUUCGCAAAAGAGUGCUCGAAAGACCCACCACGUGAACAAGAGACGACACACAUACAAGGAUCGUCGAACGAUCCCUGGACCAAAGGGCGGCCAUUUUCAGAGGACACUAUUCAACCUCCCGCCUUCUCUUGAUUUCAAAACACCACUAUGGCUGCUUCUGCAAAUAGCGCCGAUAAAAAACGAACGGGACCUGGUGGUCCUGUUCCUCCUCACAUUCCGGGACAUCACCGCCCUGAAGCAGCCGAUCGAGGCGGACGACACCAAAGGUGGCCUCUCGAAAUUCGCCAAGCUCGCCAGAUCGGUCACCAGGUCCAGGUCUGUUCUCGUCUCGCAGUUCAGCUCCCACCUGCCCGCCCUCAAGGAUACCGCGAUACCCACUACCGGGAAGCAGUCGCAUUUAGCUCACAUGAUGUCCUUAAGCGGCGACGUGAUGCCGCAAUACAGACAAGAGGCGCCCAAGACCCCGCCGCACAUUUUGUUACAUUACUGCGCGUUCAAGGCGAUCUGGGAUUGGAUCAUUUUGUGUUUGACCUUUUACACGGCCAUCAUGGUACCCUACAACGUCGCCUUCAAAAACAAGACCAGCGAGGACGUCUCCCUGUUGGUCGUCGACAGCAUCGUCGACGUCAUAUUCUUCAUCGACAUCGUCCUCAAUUUUCACACGACGUUCGUUGGUCCUGGCGGUGAAGUGGUGUCCGACCCAAAAGUGAUCAGGAUGAAUUACCUAAAGUCGUGGUUCAUCAUCGACCUCCUCAGCUGUCUUCCGUACGACGUGUUCAACGCGUUUGACCACGACGAGGAUGGAAUCGGCAGCCUGUUCUCAGCCCUGAAGGUGGUACGCCUGUUACGGCUGGGUCGCGUGGUUCGCAAACUAGACCGGUAUCUGGAGUAUGGAGCCGCGAUGCUCAUUCUUCUGCUCUGUUUCUACAUGUUGGUUGCUCACUGGCUGGCCUGUGUCUGGUACGUCACUUUAAGGUACUCGAUAGGAAGGUCGGACGCUGACAACGGGGUCCAGUAUUCCUGGCUGUGGAAGCUGGCGAAUGUCACCCAGUCACCGUACAGCUACCUGUGGACCAAUACCAGCACAGCGCCGGAACUCGUGGCUGGCCCGUCCAGGAGAACUAUGUACGUCACCGCGUUAUACUUCACGAUGACCUGCAUGACCUCCGUGGGCUUUGGAAACGUCGCCGCGGAGACCGACAACGAAAAGAUCUUCACCAUCUGCAUGAUGAUCAUCGCUGCCCUGCUAUACGCUACGAUCUUUGGUCACGUCACCACGAUAAUCCAACAAAUGACAUCCGCCACCGCCAAGUACCACGACAUGCUGAACAACGUGAGGGAGUUCAUGAAGCUGCACGAGGUGCCGAAAGCCCUCAGCGAGCGGGUGAUGGACUACGUCGUAAGCACCUGGGCGAUGACCAAGGGCCUAGACACGGACAAAGUGCUCAACUACUGCCCCAAAGACAUGAAAGCGGACAUCUGUGUUCAUCUAAACAGAAAGGUCUUCAACGAACAUCCUGCGUUCAGGUUGGCCUCCGACGGUUGCCUGCGCGCGUUAGCAAUGCAUUUUACAAUGUCGCACAGCGCUCCCGGCGAUUUACUUUAUCACACCGGGGAAUCGAUCGAUUCCCUGUGCUUCAUCGUGACCGGAAGCCUCGAAGUCAUACAGGACGACGAGGUGGUGGCAAUCCUUGGUAAGGGUGACGUGUUCGGGGAUAGCUUCUGGACGAAUCCGUCCAUAGGCCAGAGCGCAGCCAACGUUCGAGCUCUCACCUACUGCGAUCUUCACACCAUCAAGAGGGAUCGACUGUUGGAGGUGCUGGAUUUUUAUCAAGCGUUCGCCAACUCCUUCGCCAGGAAUCUCGUCCUAACGUACAAUCUGAGCCAUCGGCUAAUAUUCCGGAAGGUGGCCGAUGUCCGUCGGGAAAAGGAGCUGGCCGAGAGGAGGAAAAACGAGCCCCAGCUGGAUCAAGCGCAAGAUCACCUGGUGCGCAAAAUUUUUUCGAGGUUCAAGACCGACGGGGAACCCCAGAUUGGCGUAACCAGGGCCGCAAACGGACGGUCCCAGCAGGAUUCCGACGAGGAGCUCACCGUGAACGUCCUGCCGCCCUGGCCCAGUUUUAGGUUCCGUAGAGAGCGACACACUCCCGACGUGGAGAAGGGCGACGGGAAGGACGGCAAGGACGGCAAGGAAGGGGAGUCGUCGCAUUCUAGAAAACUCUCCACAACGGAGGAGACCACUGCCGCUAAACCACGACCGGGAAAGUGGGGACGACUGUUAGGUAGCGCGAGUCUGGACUCUGGGAGCGAAACGGGGACUGGUACGGAUACGUUCAAGAGGUCUUUGAGCGCGAGAGAUGCGCGGCCAGGUUCGAGCGCCGGCAGCAACAAGGUGUUUCCAAAGUUUGGCAAGCUGAGCGGCACCAUCGAAGAAGCCGGGGACACGGAAACCGCGAAGGAUAGCCAACAGCAGCAACAGCUGCAGCAGCAACAACAGCAACAGCAACAGCAACAGCAACAGACGGCGGCGGCCGACUCGAAGCAGUUGCAGCUUCGACGGCUGGAGAGCUACGACGACGGGCUGAUCACUACGCAGCCGAGCCACGAUCGCGAGAUCCUGGCAGCGGUGCUGGAAGUGAAGGUGGACCUGAAAUUAGAGGUGCAACGCGUGAAUCAAAGACUAGCCAAGAUCGAGGACAUUCUCCAGACGCUGAUGAAUCGGUUGCCAGCGAUCAGUCCGGCCCAGCCAAAGGUCACGUUCGCGAGCGGUACCAACGGUUCCGCUUCGAGCCAGCCAGGUCAAGCGCAGACCUCGUCCAGUUGCCAGCAGGGUUCUCAAGCGACGCAAACGUCGAGUAGCAGCGGGGUUAACGUCGAGCAGAAGGUAACGAUAGCGACCGCAAGCGUGGCCACCAUGGUCAGCGACGGGUACAGGGAGCAAGGCACCAUCACGGAGCGAAUCUCGAAGCCUCAGGAGCCGCAUCAUCACCAUCACCAUCAUCACCAUCAGUCGCAGCAGUCGGAGAGACUGAAGGACACCGACUACAAGAGCUCGUCGAGAGAGGUGAGCAAGGAGCUUCUCGAGAGGCUCGCGCAGGCGUCCACGUCCCGCGGUGACGACUCCACACCGUUGGGCCCGUUGAUACUCAGAAAACGAAGGAGCAAGUCGCGGAACAAGGGCGCCGCGCCGCUGGCGCCGUUAGCCACGCAGCCCAUCAGCCCGUCCGAGGCCACGGAGACCACGCAGAUGCUCGAGUGCACCGACGACAGGGAGCCCAGCACCGCGGACAGGUCCGACAGAAAGAGACCUCCGCCUAGACCCAGAGAGUACUUGUGAAAGUUCUUGCGGCUCCGGCCGGUUGUCUCGAGGCUCCUGCUCUGAGGAAAACACAUGGCGGAACAACGAAUCAGUCUUGGACUUGCCCCGCCGCGCCGUUAGGCUUCGGGGUAUCGCUCGUCCAGGCUCCUAGUCCGCGGUCAACGCUGGAACAACGAACGAAGCCUUGGCAUUGGAAUCGUCUUGGAAGAAAGGCAAGUGUUUGCCUUUCGAACCAGUCGCAGGUACAAUGAAGUACCUCGGCAGUUUUGGAACAGACGAUACGCAAUUCGAGCAAACGUUCCAGAGGGGUGCAGCUUCGAAUCCAUGGCACACGAUAAACAACCUAGUACCUCGGCGUUUUUGGUAAAGGUCACGGGCUUUUACGAACGCCACGGCAAGGGUGUACAAGGAAACGACCCCAGCUCCUGUUUGGCGGUACAUAAACGGAGGAACGGCCGAGUACCUUGGCUUUUUUGGAAGAUUACAUUCGUUCCGAGGAACGCGGAGAAUACACAGAGGAGCGAAUCCAAGUUCCUACUUUGCCGUAAACUACUUGGCGAAACGACGGAGCGCUUUAGCGGUUUCGGAAGAACGCACUCGGCCCGAGGAACGCCGCGGAGAAGUUUGCAUUGGAAGGACGUAGGGGAAGUGGUCAAAGGCUGUACGAUGGAGGAUGGCGUGCGCUACCGCUCAACAAUUUUUAACGGCAAUUUUACAAAGCUUUGGCAUUCUAGUUACGGACGAUCUUCCGAUUUUACAGCGUGUUUUCGUAUCGCUGUUCCAUUCGUCCCGCGAGACGUCGAUCGGGCUGGGAUCGGACGAGAACGACCGCGACGUUCGGUUUCCGUCACGUAACCUCCGUGACGUUCGGUUAGUAUGUGCACCAAGUCCGUGAAGCACCGGGUUGGCUGAUCGUAUCAGACUUUUCGGCGGUUGGCACGGAUUCACCGAAAGGAGAAACUCCCAGCGUUCGAGAUCUUUGGUAGCACGGGGAAGGAACGAAGGUUGCAUCCUUCGAACGGUGUUCUUCGAGUGUUCGAGCCAGCCAGCACGGCAAACUCUUUCAACGAAGCGACGAAAAUUCUUCACCCCACCCCCUUCCUUCCCCCGCCUAUUCCUCUCGAGAGAAAAAAAUCGAUUUACCGUAAAUAACUGUAAUUUCACCGCCGUACGUUUUAAGAACGCUGCGCAUUUCCGCUAAACCCGCUUCGCGAAAUCUUCUGCGAGCUUUUACCGAAAGUCGUCGGUAUACACGCGCGAAACGAACCCGGGACGGAGAAAAGUACUAGUACAAUUAAAGAAAUUCUGUCGAAAUGUAAAAAGAAAACCACAAAAAAAAACAAAAUACGAAAAGCAAGCGAGGAGGAGCGACAUUCAUACCGGCGAGGAAACGCUCCCGGUGCUAUCAACUUGGCAUAUUUUUGCAUGGCCAAAAAAAAAAAAGUAAAAAAAGCGAUAAACAAAUGAAAUUAUUAUCGUGUUUAAGUGCUUGCGACGGCUUCUUCGAGACAUCGAACGUAAAAACGAGAGUGUGCGUGUGAAAGAACGAAAGAGCGAAAGAGCGAGAGAAAGAGAAACUAUUCCAGAAUACUCACGUUCUGCAUAAAGUACCUACACACUCACACACUGUAAUUGUAGGUUUACACGCAUCUUAGGGUAUCUCAGAGCUAGGUUCGUGAAGGCGCGAGAUAGAUGUUAAGUAACAAAGCAAAUUAAACGGGGAAAGAAAAGUAAAAGGUUAGGAACGAGGGUGAAACGAAACGAAAGCGCCAAUUGGGAAGGGGGUAACUGUCACAAACGACGGGAUUUUACGCGUUUCCGGGAACGGUGUGAGAAUGAAAGCACGCCGAAGGCUCGUAACAAAGAACGCAGAGUUGGCCCAACACUGGAAGAAAGAAAUCAAGAUGCGUGGUAGCGUUGUUUGCCGCCGUUUGCUGCCACAUGUUGGCGCCACUAGUUCGCCGUCUGUUUUCGUGAUUUUCGAAGAUAGAUACGCGACGAUGCGAACGGCGAUAAAUAAUAGCCUUUCGACUGUUCCGUCUCAUUAAACCGCACCCGAUAAAAAUCGAUUGUGACAGGAGGAAAAUUCCAUCGGGGAAAGAAAUGUCUAUCGAAGUUAACUCCGAGGGAAAUGUAGUCUCGAUUUUAUCACCUUUGAUUUCCGAGUUUCUAACUGUUUAGUAUUUAAACUUUUUUAUUGCUCUUAUACGGCCUUCCAGAAUGUCCCUUCUAGCAAGCUACCUCCAUUUUUGAAAACCAUACAACUAGAGAAACUUUUUUGAAAGGCAAUCGAGGCAACAGAAGUCCUCCCAAAAGUUAAUUUUCAUGGCAUUUCUCCUUUCCCAGCGCUCUUCUUUCAGAAAGUAUUCUCACCGAUCUUUUUCGAGAAGACCUAGAGUAGAGUACGGAGCGAUUCGAUAACUGUCGGCAGCAUCUGUAUCUCGAGAAACGUGGGUGGUCGAGGGAAAAAUCUAACCGACAAAACGUGCCUAGAAGACGCAGGUUACCUUUAUUUAUUUUUUUUUUUUUUUUUUUUUCUUAAAUUGAUCAACGCGUUCGUCGUCGUGUCGAUUUUUUCCACCACGAUUUCGUGUACAUUCAAGUUUACGGUGCGUUUCGAAUUGCUCUGUGUCGCGACAUAUUACUGGAAGUCAAUUUGACCCACGCCCACGCCUCGAGAAGUUGCGUUCCGUUUACGUGCGAUCGAGACGACACCUGGGAGGGUGCACGCGUUUUCAGAGAAGGGCAACAUUUUAUUCGAAUAUUCGAUAACGAAUAAAAUCAACGAAUAGCGGUUUGUUCGAUUGGAAAGUUAAAUUUUGUUAACCUUCGAUACAACUUUUGAUUUUCGUUUAUCUAGAUAACAAUUAUGCCCAUCUCUGCCCAAGGGACACGAUUCGAGAACACUCUACUUUGUUACGUUGCGAACAUGACCUAAUCCCACGUACGAUAGGUUACUCAGAUUCGUUCCACUGGAUCAGACAGAUGGCUUUGUUCCUGCUAAUCCUUUCCAGUCAACUUUUUCGCCCAAACUGGCAGUCGAACAUAACAUUGACGAUAUUCUCUCUCGAUCUUCAAUUUCAUUUAUUUCUAUCCUUGAAAAUAUCUAACUAAUUGUGUUAACGUUAAUUGUGCGCGCGCAGUUCUUCACAGCCACGGUUCGCGAAUGGGCGAUACCUCUCGCGUUUGCCAACACGAUAGCUAAAUCCUCGUUAUCAGUCCACCACGGAACCGACCAGAUAUCACUUCGAAUCGAGAACAAAAAGUGUAAAUCGAGCCAUUUGCCUCUCCAGUGAAAGCGAUUGGCGCAAUCCAUUGUAAGUACACGGCAUUCACGGAAGCCGAACAGCAAUAUUAGGUGUAUAUAUCUUGUAACUACAGCGUGUAUAUAUACAUAUACACAUAUACAUAUUAUUAUUGCGCGUGUUUCCUUGACAGCGCGUUUGCACCUACUAGGAAUCGUCGAGCGAUUCUUCCGUUUGUUUCUCGUAUUUUCGGCGAGGUCGUUAAAAGAGAACAGGGGGAAAGAAUUCGAUAAAGACGCCUGAAAGACGGACUAUUUGAUUUAGGAUUAGCGAGGCUAAAUAACGAGUCCGUUUAGUUGUGUUGCCGCCGCCUCGAGAAAGAAGCCAUUGAAACAAUUCUGAAGGACAAUCAAAGAUGGAAAGUACUGAUCUCACACGUAGUAGGAUGAAGCAAUUAAUCGACUAAGGCUAGAUAUAUUUCGUUAGCUUAAGCUUAAGACCUAGGCGACCGCGGCGAUCAGCGAACAUACCGGCAGCUUCGGGAAUUUCAUUUUCAACAGCGUGGACAAGACUUUUGAAAAUAACAAAUCGAUCUAGGAGUCUCGAUGAUUCCACCGCGAACAGAACUGGAAGCUCGUCUCGAAACCUCGAUAAGUGCAUACGAACAUUCCGUUCGUUGCAUUCGGAGUCCGGUCUCCUUACUUACGGAAAGAAUUAGGUGACGAAUACGGAAAUAUUUGGUGUAUUUUUCGAGUACGUACAGGAAACAACGAGAAUUAUCGAGACUUCGCUUCGAAAAACAUCAGCUGUAAAUCGAGAUUCGUAUAGGUCAAAUACGCUCGAGUGCACAGGAAAGAAAACAAAAGAAAGAACUAGACGAAGGGAAACAGGCAAACGCGCUGACAUGGACUUCUAUGCGUGUAAAUAUUAUAAAUAUUAAUAAGAGCGAAUAAAACGAAUGCCGUGAAGAAAAGAAUGCGUGUGCGUGUGAAAGGUUCUUUGAAAGAGAGAGCAAAUAGUUCUAAUCUCAUGUUACGCAAGAAAAGGUGGAAGAAAAAAAGAAUUAUCGAGCAGUUACGAGGACUUUGUUAAUUAGGUUUUAGCGUGCGGAGACGAUAUAGCUGGCUCUAUCGUAGUUUCUAUACUUAACGAAUGCGAAAGUUUAACAUACCGUUGAAAAAAAAAUGAAAAAAAAAAACGUUUUUUCUAGCAGCUCAACAAGCCACCAAAGCGCGUCGAUCGAGGUCUUGAAACGGUAUGCGCCUGCUCCUUUUUAACGCUGAAAAAAAAAAACAGGUCGGUCAGCUUGCGAUUCCAAGUAAUUUACGCAUAGAGAUGCGACCAUUUUAGAGGAUUAGACCGAAUAAACGAUCGAUCGAGUAAUUACCUUCCUCUGAAUUACACACUUUCCUUUGUACGUCCUUGCACGUUAUUUUAUACACCACCUGAACUAGACUCAUUCUUGCGCUACCGAUCCAUUUAAUCGUUGCGAAUCGGCCAGAUUGGACUUGACGGGAGAUCGUAAAUGGGUUUCGAGUCAGAGAAUCGUAACAGUUCCAAAUUUCAAAUCUUCGCCGUACAGCAACACAUAACCUCGUUUUGUUUAGUUCGAACGAAGCAACGAUUCCAAUUUAUUCGUAUCCUAAAGUACAAAGUUCAACGAGCUGAAUUUUUCGAGGGUCGACUCUGUACACCUCUGACUCGAAGCCUUUUAACGAAUCUAGAGCAAGACCCAGCUACUUUCAGUAGCUGUCCAACUCUUGUUUUUUCUCGUGUCAAACGGUCCGUCUUUCUCGCUCAACAUUUGGAAUCGCAAGGAGAUCCCUUCGCUCGGUUCCCUAUCCAAGAGCUUCUCUUUUCGUGCGUGUUUUUUUCGUCCCCGUUGAUCCGACUCUAUCGACGACCGUAAGUCGACACCGUGCGUCUUUCCACAGCAACUAAUUUUCGUCGAGAAUAUCAAAGACUGAUCAUUUUUUGAAUACUGGAUACCCAAACUUGAAAACUAAUUUUAAACGAGAAUCAUCCAUCCUCGAACUUGACAGAUGAUCGUAUUAUGUAUCGUUCGAUCCGCUCGAUAACUUUCAUUUCGUUGCGCUAAGAGCAAAGUUACUUGCACAGAAGACUUUCAGAGAGCAGUUCUCGAUCUUUUAAUUAAUUUACACGAAGAUAUUUGUCACGUUUAUAGAUAGAUGUCGCGAUACUCGAUGUGUCGGUUGAUAAAAUAAUACGCGCAAUUAUUUUUUCGAUGGAGGCAGGGCCAUUCAUUUCUAGCGUUCGAGGAGAAUAACCAAACGUAACCUCUUCUCCUUCUCGACGAGUCGCUAGGUGUCGCUAAAAAACAUGGCGUGGUACAAGAUUGUAAGGAACUAAGUAAACAAUUAUAGCGCAAAGGGUUCUAUACUCAUAAAUGAUACCCUGUAUAAAUCGUGUCACGUUUAUUAUGUAUUCGAGGGCUAACCUCUUGCCAAUACAAUACCCUGCCGAUGUUACAUGGUUUGUUCGAGUGAACGAAUCGAAUGUUCGACUGACGGUCGUUGUCGAGUCGUUGGGGUCGAAUUUCGUCGGCGCGGAUAUACUUACAUACAUAUGCAGUAUACAGACACGCAUUUCUGCUGUCCGCGUCUCUGGCAAUGCAACGACAAAACAUUCACGUUUCCCAUCGACAAACGGGCGGCUCGUUGUCGGCUGCGCGGAGUCGUGAGAACAGAAACACAAAA